AUGCUGACCGCAAGCGCCCGGGGCUGGACUGCGUGGACGCGGGCCCUCUUGCUGCAGCUGCUGCUGGCGGGGCCCGGGGGCUGCCUGAGCCGCCAGGAGCUCUUCCCUUUCGGCCCGGCUCAGGGGGACCUAGCGCUGGAGGCGGGCGACGACCAGGUCUCCGCGGCCUUGGCGCUAAGCCGGGGGCUGCACUUCUACGACAGAUCCGACCUCGACUCCAUCUACAUCACCACAAAUGGCCUCAUCGCUGUGACAGAGCCCCCCGCUAAGGAAUCCCACCCUGGACUCUUCCCCCCAACCUUUGGAGCCAUCUCACCAUUCCUGGCCGACUUAGACACCAGCGAUGGCCUUGGGACGAUCUACUAUCGGGAGGACUUCUCCCCUUCUGUCAUUCAGCUGGCAGCAGUGUGUGUCCAGAGAGGGUUCCCUGAAGUCCCUUUCCAGCCCAGCAGUGUGGUGGUUGUCACUUGGGAAUCCGUGGCCCCCUACCAAGGGCCCAGCAGGAACCCUGAACUGGAAGGAAAGAGAAACACAUUCCAGGCUGUUCUAGCUUCCUCAGAGUCCAGCUCCUAUGCCAUCUUCCUGUACCCAGAAGAUGGUCUGCAGUUCUACACAACGUACUCGAAGAAAGACCAGAACCAAGUGCCUGCCAUGGUUGCGUUCAGCCAAGGUUUAGUGGGGUUCCUGUGGAAGAGUGAUGGUGCUUAUAAUAUAUUUGCAAAUGACAGAGAAUCCAUUGAAAACUUGGCCAAGAGCAGCAAUGCCGGGCAGCAGGGCAUCUGGGUGUUUGAGAUUGGGAGUCCAUCCACGGCUAGUGGUGUGGUACCUGCUGAUGCGGACCUUGGCCUGGAUGAUGGAACUGAAUAUGAAGAUGAGGAUGAAGAUUAUGAUCUGGGGGUGACAAUGGGCCUGGAGGAUGUGGCCACCACAACCUUCCCUUACAAGACUCCAGGAAGGAGGGACACUGACCCACAGCAGGUGACGAGCAUGCUGCCCCCACAUCACACAGUGACAGAGAGCCCCCCUGAGCAUCCUGUGCCCAGGACCAGGUCCUUCCAGGUGCCAUUGGAGACGUUUCCCCAGCAGUACCCGCAGGUGGUGGAUGUGGAUGAAGUGGAGGAGACAGAAGUGGUUUUCAGCUACAACACUGAUUCCCGACAGACCUGUGCCAACAACAGACACCAGUGCUCGGUCCACGCCGAGUGCAGAGACUACACCACUGGCUUCUGCUGCAGCUGCGUCGCCGGCUACACAGGGAAUGGCAGGCAGUGCGUUGCCGAAGGAUCCCCUCAGCGAGUCAAUGGCAAAGUCAAAGGAAGAGUCUUUGUGGGAAACAGCCCGGUCCCUGUUGUCUUUGAGAACACCGACCUUCACUCAUACGUCGUGAUGAAUCAAGGUCGCUCCUACACAGCCAUCAGCACCAUCCCGGAGGCCCUCGGCUACUCCCUGCUGCCCCUGGCCCCUGUGGGCGGCAUCAUUGGCUGGAUGUUCGCUGUGGAGCAGGACGGGUUCAAGAAUGGCUUCAGCAUCACUGGUGGUGAGUUCACCCGGCAGGCCGAGGUCACCUUCGUGGGGCAUCCGGACAAGCUGGUCAUCAAGCAGCACUUCAGCGGCAUCGACGAGCACGGACACCUGACCAUCGACACGGAGCUAGAGGGCCGCGUGCCCCGGAUCGCACCCGGCUCCUCCGUUCACAUGGAGCCCUACACGGAGCUCUACCACCACUCGCGCUCAGUGAUCACAUCCUCGUCCACCCGGGAGUACACAGUGACUGAGCCAGAGCGGGAUGGAGCUGCACCCUCCCACACUCACACCUACCAGUGGAGACAGACCAUCACCUUCCAGCCAUGCACCCACGGUGAUGCCCAGUCCGUGCUGCCCAACACCCAGCAGCUCUCGGUGGACAUGGUGUUUGUGGGCUACAAGCAGGAUGAGCAGAUCUUGCGCUACGCGCUGAGCAACUCCAUCGGCCCGGUCAGGGACGGCUCCCCCGAUGCCCUGCAGAACCCCUGCUACAUCGGCACGCAUGGCUGUGACACAAACGCGGCAUGUCGGCCGGGUCCCGGGACAGAGUUCUUCUGCGAGUGCUCCAUCGGCUUCAGAGGAGAUGGCCAGACCUGCCGAGAUAUCGAUGAAUGUUUGGAGCAGCCCUCGGUGUGUGGGAGCCACGCCCUCUGUAAUAAUCACCCGGGGACCUUCCGCUGCGAGUGUGUGGAGGGCUACCAGUUUUCCAACGAGGGAACGUGUGUGGCUGUUACAGACCAGCGCCCCGUCGACUUCUGCAGCAGUGGCCUCCAUGACUGUGACAUCCCUCAGCGGGCCCAGUGUACUUACUUGGGAGGGUCCUCCUACCACUGCUCCUGUCUGCCUGGCUUCUUCGGGGAUGGCCGGGCCUGCCAAGAUGUGGACGAGUGCCAGCCGAGCCGAUGCCACCCUGAUGCCUUCUGCUACAACACGCCAGGCUCCUUCACGUGCCAGUGCAAGCCUGGUUACCACGGAGAUGGCUUCCGUUGCGAGCCUGGGGCAGCAGAGAAAACCAGGUGCCAGCAUGAGCGGGAACACAUCCUUGGGGCUGCGGGCGCCACGGACCCACAGCGGCCUCUGCCUCCUGGGCUUUUCGUCCCUGAAUGUGACCAACACGGGCACUAUGUGCCCACCCAGUGCCAUGGGAGCACUGGCCACUGCUGGUGUGUGGACGGGGACGGCCGGGAGAUCGAGGGCACCAGGACACGGCCAGGCAUGCGGCCCCCAUGUCUCAGUACAGUAGCACCCCCGACGCACCACGGACCAGCACUUCCCACCGCUGUGAUCCCCCUGCCACCUGGGACCCACUUACUCUUUGCGCAGACGGGGAAGAUCGAGCACCUUCCCUUGGAGGGGACUUCCAUGAAGAAGGCUGAGGCCAAGGCGCUGCUUCACGCCCCGGAUAAAGUGAUAAUUGGUCUUGCCUUCGACUGUGUGGACAAGAUGGUUUACUGGACAGACAUCAGUGGACCUUCCAUUGGGAGAGCCAGCCUGAGUGGCGGAGAGCCGGCCACCAUCAUUCGACAAGACCUUGGAAGCCCAGAAGGCAUUGCCCUGGACCAUCUCGGCCGCAACAUCUUCUGGACGGAUUCCCACCUGGACCGCAUCGAGGUGGCGAAGCUGGAUGGCAGCCAGCGCCGGGUGCUGUUCGAGACGGACCUGGUGAACCCCCGGGGCAUCGUAACGGACCCCGUGAGAGGAAACCUUUAUUGGACAGACUGGGACAGAGAUAACCCCAAAAUCGAAACUUCCUACAUGGACGGCACCAACCGCAGGAUCCUGGUAAAGGAUGACCUGGGCUUGCCCAACGGCCUGGCUUUUGAUGCCUUCUCGUCUCAGCUCUGCUGGGUGGAUGCAGGCACCAAGCGGGUAGAGUGCGUGCGCCCUGGCCAGCCUGGCCGACGCAUGGUACUGGAAGGGCUGCAGUACCCUUUCGCCGUGACCAGCUUCGGGAAGAACCUCUUCUACACGGACUGGAAGACGAAUUCCGUGAUUGCCGUGGAUCUCGCUGUUUCCAAAGAGACGGAUGACUUCCACCCCCACAAACAGACGCGGCUGUACGGCAUCACCACAGCGCUUUCGCAGUGCCCACAAGGCCACAACUAUUGCUCGGUGAACAACGGCGGCUGCACCCACCUGUGCUUGGCCACCCCUGGAAGCAGGACCUGCCGGUGCCCAGACAACACCCUAGGGGUUGACUGUAUUGAGCGGAAAUGA